AUGCCUCUCCCUCCAAAGUGGUACCAGGCACCUUUGCCUCCCUCGGGUCAUUCCUCUUUGGAUGUACGUUAUUUUCUGUCCCUGUACAUGCGCAAAACCGGAUUUUGGACAUGUACUAAUGCGAAGACUUGGGUAGAUGAUUUGGGUGUCAUUGCAGAAGUGAUUGCCUGUCAGUCCUUUUCGGCCAAAUUCGCCGCAAAUGAUACACAAAGUGGACUUGUGGUGUCGAUGUUCACCACAGGUGCCUUUUUUGGAGCCGCCUUAGCUGGACCGGCUGGUGACUAUCUGGGCCGACGACGGACGAUCUCCCUCGGGUGCCUUAUAUUCUGUCUGGGAGGAGGCCUGCAGACCGGAGCACAGACCCUUGCGUAUCUGUAUAGUGGUAGAUUCUUUGCCGGAUUUGCUGCUGGAAUUCUCACAAUGAUUAUCCCGCCCUACCAAGCCGAAUUGUGCCACCCCAGCAUCCGAGGACGGGUGACUGCGCUGCAGCAGUUUAUGCUAGGAGUUGGCUCGCUGUGUGCCGCCUGGAUCAGCUACGGCACCUACAUUGGCUUCGACCCGACCAACAGCGCUCAGUGGCGGGUAUCGCUGGGGAUUCAGAUCAUUCCAGCAGUUUUCCUGGGUCUCCUGAUUUUGUUGUUCCCCGAGUCUCCCCGUUGGCUGAUCGAUCAUGGCCGUGAAGCAGAGGGCCUCCGGGUUCUUGCGAAGCUGCACACUCAUGGAGACGAAAAUGAUCCUUGGGUUCGAGCCGAAUUCAAUCAGAUCCAAGAAAGUAUCACGUACGAGCAUGAGCACGAGGCCAAGUCCUACACCGAAUUGUUCACUUCUUGGCCGGCAUUCCGGCGGCUUUUCCUAUGCUGCGCCCUGCAGGCAUCAGUCCAGCUGACCGGCGUGUCUGCUAUCCAGUAUUACUCUGUCGAGAUCUUUAAUCAAAUUGGCAUCAAGGGCGACGACACGCUUCGAUAUCAGGCCAUCAACACCGUGAUUGCCUUAGUGGGAGAGUUCUGCUGCAUGAUGCUCAUCGAUCGUUUCGGCCGCCGGUGGCCUCUCAUCAUCGGCAAUCUGGGUAACAUGGUCACCUUCAUCAUCGCAUGUAUCCUGUUGGCGCUGUUCCCGCCAGAGGCCAACAAUACUGGAGCCCACUGGGGUUUUAUUAUCAUGACUUGGCUGUACAACUUCUCCUUCUCCGCCACGUGCGGACCUCUUUCAUGGAUCAUUCCUGCCGAAGUGUUUGACACGCGGACUCGCGCCAAGGGCGUCUCCAUCGCCACCAUGACUUCAUUUGCGUUCAACACCAUGAUCGGCCAGGUGACACCGAUCGCCAUGACCAAUGUCCGGUAUCGAUAUUACUUCCUAUUCAUCAUCUGUAAUUUCACCAACGCAUUGUUUUUCUGGCUGUUCCUCCCGGAGACGUCCAAAUUGCCCCUCGAGGAGAUGAACUACCUCUUUUCCAACGCGCCAUGGGUGGUCGUCGGACUCAAGAAGGAGGACUACAGUUCUCGGGACCUGGAGCGUAGACUGGCUGCAGAGGAAGGGAAGCGCGAAGGAGUGGCCGUUCACUAUGAAUGA